UUGUAAUUGUGAAGAUUGUAUUAUGAUUGGUGAUUCUUCGACCAUUAUCUCAUUUCAAGGACCAUACUUUCAGCUAUGUUGACAUCAAAGCAGUUGUUUGUAUUAUGUUUGGUGAAUGUUUUCUUCGUUACGGUCAGAGGAAGCACAAAUACAGUCGUUUUGACGAGCGUGUGCGAUGCGAGCCUCCAGAAGGAAGAUGCCAGCUUCCUCGUGACAUCGGCAACCUAUGAGAACAUCACUGGUCCUGAGGACUGCACCGUGGUCAUCCAGGCUCUCAAGUCCAAUCAGAUGCUAGCCGUCGUCUUCGUUUCUCCGUUCCUACUCGAAGACGAUGAGAAUAACCCACUCCUACCCGACGGACAGGGAUGCAGACGUUCUUCUCUCAUGAUAUGGGACGGAGACGACUAUGAGACGGACGAUCUGAUUGGUCGAUACUGCGGCACCGAGACACCAGCAAGCUUCGAGUCUACCGGUCAGUUCUUGACGAUUUGGCUCUCGCUCAACGAAUCAGCGGCGGCCAAUAUCUCAGUACUCUACACUUCAUUUGAUAAUGGGGUAUGUGAUGACGAUGUCACGGAGCUGAGAUGUAAUAACGGAAGAUGUGUCCCGCGCUCAGUUAGUUGUGAUUUGGCCAACAACUGUGGCGACAAUUCAGACCAGUUAAUCAGCGCUCCAGCAUACUGCUCUGUGACCGAUGAGUCAACGCUUGCCGAGUCUUACCCGUGGCUCUGGAUUCUGCUCGGCAUCCUCGGGGUUCUCUUGUUGGCGUACAUCCUCUAUUGGUUGCUAUGGCGACCGGGCUACAUCAUCUGGAGACUGGGAUGCUGUAGGAACCUCUGGUAUGGAUGCUGCAGGGGUGUCAAUGCAAAGUGCUGCGGCCAGUCACGCAAAUACAACAAAGGUUCGCGGAGUGGUACGCAUGGUAGCAGUCAGGAUGGUGUGGACUAUUACGAUACCGAUGAUGAUGACGACGGUGAAUCAACUGGAUGCUUAUGCUGUCGAUGCUGUCGAAGUUGCUCGUCAAACGAUAAGCAACGUCGGAGAUCAAAGAGGCAUCCAAAUCAAGGAUCCGACUCCAGUAUGACCCAGCUCCAUCGACCUGGACUUUACAAGGAGGGGGUAAUGUUCCCCCCUGGUGCGGGACAAAGACCAAGGCUCCAUCGAGAGGGGGUAAUAUUGCCGCCUGAUGCGGGAGACAGACCGAAACUCCACCGAGAGGGCCUGAUAUUACCACCUGAUGCCAUCCGACCGUCGUUAUACAAGGAGGACCUGAUUAUUCCCCAGUAUGGUCCACGACCACAACUCUACAAGGAGGGUGUCAUACUUCCUCCACCAGAGGAACAAGGGAGGGUACAACCGAUGGCCUUUGGUAUCUACCAUGAGGACACCAUUGUACCCCCUCCAUCAACUCUCGUUACCCCCUCUCUUGUAAUGAUUGAAGACUGCCAAAAAGACUGGGACGGAAGGCACGCUCGAGAGGCUCGAUGAGACAAAUGAAAUUCUUUUCUAUUAUUAGGAGAUUCCUUCAGAAACGCGCGGCAAUUUCAUAGACUUUAGAAUAUCUGUAUAGUUGCAUGUAAUAUAGGCCUAUUAAUUUCGUUAUUUUUUAGCCUCGUGCAAAAUACAAGUACUUUAUAUUUUUCAUACAUGUAUUUUGCUUUAAUAAGAUUGGUCUUUAAAAUAUGGCGCCAAUGUCUGACGUAAAAUUUGUUACAUUAAAUGUGUGAUGAAAAGCAAGCAUAAAUUAGAAGAAAAGAACGGUUGGAUACAGAGUAAAUGGUAAAUAUUAAUAUCAUUCAACAAUUGUUAUUUUAACGCGUUACAAAGGGAAUAGAUAGGAUCUAACAUAUGAAAGAAUGACCUGGAUAAAGAUAAUCAUUUGAAAAGGAGUAAUUUCAAUAAAAGAAAUGAAUUAUAUAUGUAGUAUCAUCCAGGUAAGUGCAGACGAUGUAAUAAACUAUUUGGAAUAAAAAGUUACUUAAUCUUUGA